GAGGGCGUCUGGGCGAUCUACACACCUGAUGCCGACCUUUACGUUGAGGACCUUCGGGGCGUGGAGGACGGACCCAGCCGGCAGGAGGACGACUUUGAUCCGGAAUGGUUGCCCGAUCAGGUGGUUGUUGGGGGGCUGGGGUUGGACAGACAGAUCCUGGGCCCACCUGCUCUUGCGGAGCUUCUGCCUGAGGACGCCCUUCGCUACCUGGAGGCCCCUGAGCGCAUGCUGAAAGAGGACGGAGAUUGUCAUUGUGAUGUUGUGCCUUAUUGGGAUGCCACACUUCGCAAUAGCCCCCGUGCCUACAAGGACUUUAUCAGGCACCUUUACAAAAUAGGGUAUUUGGAUGUGACCUUGGAGCCCAAAGAACGUGCUGGCAUGUUUUUUGUGAAAAAAUCCGAUGGGGUGAGGAUCCGACUCAUCAUCGACGCCCGGAGAGGAAAUGCAAGGUUUCGGGACCCUCCCGGAAUUUCUUUAGCCACCUCGGAAGCCUUUGCCAGGUUCGAGCUCGAACACCACAUUGCGAAUCCGGACAUGGAGGCGGGCAUUGACACUCCUGUUUUGUCAGUGGGGCUUUCGGAUGUCAAGGACUGCUUUCACCGCAUGGUUCAGCCUAAGUGGUUACGGGAGUAUUUUUGCCUGGAUCCGGUGCCGGCUCAUUGGCUGGGGUUAGGUGGAACGCUUCUCGGUGACCAUCGGCUUCGGGACGACGACUUGAUAUUCCCCAUGCCGGCUCCUUUGUGCAUGGGUUUCAGUUGGUCUCUUUACUACGCUCAGAAAGUGAACCAGCAUCUGAUGAGCCGAAUCCCCACCUUAGCUUGCUCGAGGUUGUUCUCAGAUCGGUCUGAGCCUGUGGUCAUCAAGAGCGGGCACAGCGAGGCACAACCGAGUCACCACUUUGUGUACGUAGACAACCUCGGGAUCUUGUCCACAGAUGCUUGCGCCCUCAAUCACUCCUUGAGCCAGGUUACGAAGGUCUUCUAUGAUCACCGCCUGGACUUGCACCCGGGCGAGGUGAAGCAUGAGGCUGUGGACACGUUGGGAUGCCGUGUUGAUGGGGUAAAGCAUGUCACUACUUUGAAGCCAAGCCGGGCGCACAAGGUCAGACAAGCUUUACGCGGCUUACUUCAACGAGGCAAGUGUAGUGGGAGGCUACUUGAGAACAUCAUUGGACACCUGACGUACUCCUUCCUUAUGGCUAGGCCAAUGUUGUCCAUCUUUGACCGAGUCUAUAAGUUCAUCAAGCGGCACUAUGAUGCGAAGGCGGUCCUAUGGCCUAGCGUACGAGAUGAACUUACUGCGGCUCUAGGGGGCAUCAUUUUCUGCCAGGCGGAUUGGAAUCGUGGAUGGAACAAGUUGGUGUCCGCCUCAGAUGCUAGUUUGGAAGGAUACGGAGUGUGCGCGUCCAAGUGGCCCAUCAACAUUGUGCAGAGCGUUGGAAGGCUUCAAGAGCGAGAACGAUUCCGGCGGACGGCUCGGCACUCAGCACGGGAAUCCGCCUUGGAACAAGCACGGUUAUCGCCAGAUGGCAGUGUGGAUCAGCGGGAUGCAUAUGAGGCCGGCUUUGACAUCGAUCAUGGAUUCCGGGAAGUCCCUCAUGAGCUGUUGAAGGAGGACAAUUGGUCCGUGAAGUUAAUGGGCAAGUGGAAACAUCGUGAGAAUAUAUAUGAAUUGGAGAGCCUCGCUCUGCUCAAAGCUUUCUCUAGGAUUGCACGGGGCAGAUUUGGUCAUGACACACGGCAGUUGCUAUUGGUUGACAACAUGGCGGUUUGUUUAGCCUUCAGUAGGUGCCGGUCGAAGAAUCGCAGGGUGCUCAACAUCAUACGGAAGUUCAGUGCGUGGUCACUUGCUCGGAAUGUUGCCUGUGCCAUUCGCUGGGUGCCAUCGGAACUGAAUGCGGCCGACAAACCUUCAAGAACACAAGGGAUCAAAGCGGACCCGAACACUUUCCCCACCAGCUACAUCAAAGCCGACGACAGCAAGCAGAGUGAGAAACUUGGAGUCCAACUCCGCCAGCCACACAACAUCAGCUUCGCGGACUCUGAAAGCAGGGGAGUUGGCUCACUCGUUGGUCACGCAGAAAGUGGCCGCAAAACACCUUGGAGACCAAACACUCCAGGUCAGAGUCAAAGAGCGGAAGCCAACUCGCGGAGCCCGAAAACAGAACAGCCUCCUCAAGCACCACGGAUCCAGGGAGUCCGGUUGCUACAAGGGGUCGGGACCACGUUCCUCGAGGACCAGGUGGUGACAAAGCAAGUCCAAAAGUACUACCAGAAAGAGGUGGACCAGCUUUUGGAGUACGUAAAACGUCAGGGCCUAGCCUUCGAGAAAGACGAAGACAUCGAUGGCGGGAUUGUCCUAUACAUGAACAAGUGCUUCUGGUCGGGAGAGCAGGCGCACAAAGGAGAGAAGCUUCUUGCAGCGUUCAUGCACCAAAGGCCCAGAUUUGGGAGGUUGGGAUCCCGGAAGUUGCCCCGCGCUUGGCGGGCUUUGAAAGGCUGGAGGCGCCUCACCCCUGCCCGAAGCAGAAGGCCGUGGCCUCUCAGCGUUUGGACAGCCGUUGCGUGCGAGCUACGAAGGCAGAACCACACAAGAAUGGCGGUUUACGUCAUGGUGGCUCUGAGCUCCUACGCCAGACCAGCCGAGUUGCUGAGAAGUACCACGUACUCGCUGGUGCCCCCGGUACGGCUGGCUACUGCAGAGUGGACUCUUCUUCUGUCCCCGGAACACCUGGAGCGGCCUGGAAAAACCGGCGAGUACGACCUGUCCGUGGCUUUGGACUCUUCGUACCUGAAGCCUUGGUGCCAAACAGUGUUCGAGCUGCUAAGGAAGCAGCACGCCAGCACGCCUCUUUGGGAUUUCGACUACGGCGACUUCGUCACGGAGUUCCACAAGGCGUGCAAAGCCCUCAGCCUGGACCUUUCGCCGUACCAGAUGCGUCACUCCGGUCCCAGCAUCGACAGAGCCAACAACUGGCGCACAGCGCUGGAAGUCCAAAAGCGAGGGGGCUGGAAAAGUGCCCGCUCAAUGAUGCGGUACGAGAAGUCAGCCCGCCUCGGAGCCGCCUUCCUCGAGCUACCCCUCAAACUUCGACAUCAUUGCCAAUGGUGCGAAGAACAUCUCGGGGAUGUCAUCCUUGGAAGGCGCGCUCCGUUGGCGCCUCCUUGA